AUGUUAUUUCCUUCAGGAGAAGAAAAAUGAUUGUGUUGCCAAGAUAAGGGGCUUGGUUUCCUGCACAAGAGAGUGAAGAGGAAAAUAGGGUGAACAGCUCAUGAAGCCUGCAGGAAACUCUGAUUCACUUUCUUGUUCCGAGUGAUUUCAUUAACAGCACUACAACAUUUCCAACGAAAAGUACGACAUUGCUGGCAAAAUGAGUGAACUGACUCUUGUAUUUUUCCUGAUUGCUACACUUAAGAUGAUUGAGUCUAAAGAUCUGGACAUGGCACCCAAUGCAGUGGACGACCAGUAUAAAAACUGCCGGGACGAGAUGUUCCAGGUAGUUAUCAGGGAGUUGUUGGAACGGGAGCUUGCCACCACUGAGCUCAGCUCAGCCUGGCAACAAGAAGCCUGUAAAGCACCAAUACCAGGAGGAGAUGAAAUGCACACCAAAGCGUUGGCGAUUUAUGGACACAAUAAAAGCUUCCGUGACAGUUUCACAAAGGGAGUUGAGACUCUGGGUGGAAAUGCCAAUGUCUACAUCAAGGACUUCCAGUUCAAGUCUUUUCACUUCCUGCUAAUGGAUUCCUUCCAGGUUUUGAAACCCAGAAAGUGCCAGACUUUAUUUCAUGGAUCUGAGACGGUGUACACAGCAGGCGUAGGGUCAAAGGUCAGAUUCGGCAGCUUUGUCUCUGCCGAAGAAAAUCUUUCUAAUGUAGUUGAAGAGUCUGAAACCGUUUUUAAGAUCACCACCUGCUCGGCCAUUGACCUGUAUAAGAGCGCAUGUCAGCCAAGUGAUGUUGGCUCCUGGCUGCUGUCUCCAGCAGAAGUGUUCCAGGUAGAGGAGGUGAAGAAGCAUACUGAGGACGAUAACAGCUACACUUUGAUUGUCUUGAGCAGUUUAAAGAAUGAAAGCAACCAUGACUGUCAAUACUUUCCAAGACCUACUACAGUUCCAAGCUCCACUCCGCAAUGGCUAACCAGCAAAGCGUUCCACCUGAUGGCUUUGUCUCUUUCUGCCUCCCUGAGUAUUGCAUCUUACCAAGCCUGACCACAGAGAGAGAAAGGAAAAAAGAGAGAGAAAUACAUAGAUAAAGCUUCCCUGUGUUCAUAAAUAAAUAAAUAUUUUGCCUCAGCCUUCACCUGCAUUCAUCCAUGUUCCUCCUCAUGCUAGCAGUGGAGACAUUCAAUUACUAAAGUAAACAGGAAGUUACAUUUGUGUAACACCUUACGUUGUUUGUCUGCAGAAUAAAUGUCAUGGCUUACCCAUCAAGAA